UGCCUGGAGCAGGUUGGCAACGAUGGUGAACCUGCUGGAAAAGUUGAAUUAUCCCAAAUCGAUCUUGAUCCAGGCCAAGGACGCGGAAGGUCGACAUGAUGAACUGGAAUUGGUGAAAUUGCCGGAAGACACGACCUUGGCAGGAUUUACGCCAUUAAUGUCGAAUCCGCAGGAUCCCUGUUACUCCAAGAAGACUGACGACAUGGACGUCGCUCAAGUGUGCCUCAGAAUACAAAAGAUUCUGUUUUUCGGGGAAGUGUAUUUGUGCGGUCUCGAGACGCCGGUGUUGAAAUUACAGAAGAACGAGGCAGGUGACAUCGAAUACGUCUCCGUGGUCGAGGCCUCGAGCAUAAGUUUGCCCAGCUCACCCCCAGAACAGAGCGACUCGGAGCUUCUCGUCGAAAGUUACAGCGAGGGCGAGGAUGAGCCGGUAUCUACCUUGAAGAGAUUACCGUCGUGCACGGACGUACCUGAUGAUAUUACCGCGCCAAUUGCUACGGUCGAGAUAAGGUCGUUGAUCGAGAGGAAAGAGGAACUGGAAAGACGGCAACGGAAGCAGGAUCGUCAUCGACAACGGGUACAGCAAAUUCUGCAGAAGUCUUCAGUAUCCGUUGAAAUCGAAGUGAGACCGAGGCAGCUGGUACCGGACACUAAUUGCUUCAUCGACUAUCUACCGCAGUUGCAGAACAUCGCGAAAGCGAUUGCCGGUGUACAACCCAUUUAUACGCUUAUGGUGCCGCUUGUCGUUUUGAAUGAGCUCGAGGGUUUAGCCAGGGGCGCGGAUGCUAGAGACUGUCCUCCGGCUUCGAGGGCGGCUCUGGAUCCAGAGCACGUGGCCAGGGUAGCUGAGAGCGCGAAAGCGGCGCUGGCUUUCGCCAGAAGCAGAAAUCCAGCGAUCCGGUGCUUAACCACGAGAGGAACUGUCCUUACAUCUAGCACUUUCACCGUGGAGGAGGACGUUGACAAGGACGGGCUGACAAGGAACGAUGACAGAAUACUGGCUACGUGCUUGAGCCUCUGCAAAACGGGUAACAAAGAUCAAGUAAAUGCAGAGGAAGGCCAACCGCGACGUCUGAGGAGAGAAGUAGUCUUGCUAACGGAGGACAGAAACCUGAGGGUGAAGGCACUGGCGAGGGACGUUCCCGUCAGAGAAGUGCCCGACUUCAUGCAGUGGGCCGGCCUCGGGUGAAACGUUCCUCUGACCUGACCCACCCGUUAACGAAAAAAAAUCUCCCGUUACCCCCGCCGAGUAAAUUUCGACCAGCAACAACAGCAGCAGCAGCAGCAGCAGCAGCAGUAACAACAACAACCGGCAAGACCGAGAGGAAAGCGUGGAAGAGAGGAAGGAUGUCUCGUGAGUAGAUGUUCAUCGUGCUCCUCCAAUCGUGGCCGUACAGCUGUCACGCGUGUGCGUUCGUUCUGAUUGUCGAGGUGUCGUCGAGCCUCGUUUUCGUGGAGUCGUGCGUACCUCAUCUCAGCUAGGGCGAGGAUCAUGGCGGUGUUGCGAGACGACAGAUUCGUCGCGUUUUAUCCACCAUAAAGUUACUUAUCUUUGGUAAGAAAU